CGGGUCCGAUUGGGACGGGCUCUCGUGAUUGACGCCGCCGCCGCCGCCGUGGGACUUGUCAUCGGAAUUGGGCCCAGAUAUUGCACGCAGCUGGGUAGGGGGCGCGCGCGGCCAGCGAUGGUCUGGAUUGGGGGGGGGGGGGCAGGUACAGCGCCCCAUUCCCUCCCUUCCUUUCUUCUUUCUCUCUCCAGGGCUUCGUUCCUUCCGUGGGAUGAAAUCUAGAAGAUAAACAAAGAAGACUGCAUCUUUGGAUAUGUUAUUGCCCAAAUUUGUAGAUUACAGCAGGUUCUGCAAAAAGGCAAUGUGUCAUCCAGAUUUUGAUUAAAAGGAUACAUUUAGCCCUCCAGCCACUAGGACAAAUUACUCAGUUUGGCUUCAAUUGGUUUUAUGUCAGUGUUGCUGUCACUUCUCAGAUGAAAGCAAAAAGAAGUGAAUUUGAAUUCUUGUGGUUUAUAUUCUUUACAUGCUGAACUGUUGUUUGCUUUCUCUGCUACUGAGAGGAUGUAGUGGAAAUGAUAGCUGAGCCCAAUUCCGUUGCGAAUCUCCCCAACCACAAAGAAAAUGGGAUUCACGAUGAGAUUGCACCUGAAUCCACUGCACAAGAUGGUGGCUGUUUGAGAAAUGGCAAUGCUAGGCCUCUGAAAGGGAAAAGAAAAAUCCGAGAACAAUGCGAAAACAGAAGGAAAAAUUCUUCUAGUAGUAAACGGUCAAACCAGCUGCAGAAUGGAGAAGUGGUUGAAGCAGUUACUUUGUUUGAGGUGGUCAUCAUGGGCAAAAGCGCUAUGCAGUCUGUAGUAGAUGACUGGGUUGAAGCUUACAAAAGAGAUCGAGAUGUGGCACUUCUGGACCUCAUAAAUUUCUUCAUUCAGUGUUCGGGCUGUCAAGGAAUGGUUACAGCAGAGAUGUUUCAGAGUGUACAGAACUGUGAAGUGAUGCAGAAAAUGACAGAGACAUUUGAUGAGGAAACUGGAUUGCAGUAUAAGAAGUUCAUGGCUUAUCCCUGGAUUUUGACAGUGACUUGGCCAGUAGAUAUGGACAAUGAAGACUAUCCGCUCAUCAAACCAGGGCCCUACUGGAAAAAGUUCCGAGCAAAUUUUUGUGAGUUCAUUGCAGUACUGGUUGAGCAGUGUCAGUAUAUCAUCCUCUAUGACAGCUAUUUGAUGGACACCAUAAUCUCUCUCCUUACUGGUUUGGCAGAUUCAAUGGUCAGAGCAUUCCGGCACACCAGCACAUUAGCAGCUAUGAAGCUUCUGACAGCACUUGUAAAUCUCCAUCUCAAUCUAGAUAUAAGUAAGCACAACCUCGAAAGAUUAUAUGAAGUGGAAAAAAACAGGGCUGCAGGCAAGAGGACCAAUUCAAGACUGGACCAGCUGGAGAAGAAGAAAAAAGAGUUUGAACAAAAAUACCUGGAGAUGGAUAAUAUGAUGAAUGCCAUUUUCAAAGGGACUUUUUUGCAGCGUUACCGUGAUAUUAUUCCAGAAAUUCGAGCGAUCUGCAUUGAGGAAAUGGGCAGCUGGAUGAAAAUGUAUCCUGAUACAUUCUUAAAUGAUAGUUACUUGAAAUACAUUGGAUGGAUGCUAUAUGAUAAACAACCCGAAGUCCGACUGAAAUGCCUCCAGGGACUACAGGGAAUUUAUGGCCAAAAGGACCUUGUUUAUAAAAUGGAUCUCUUCACUAGCAGGUUCAAAGAUCGAAUUGUAUCCAUGUCUCUGGACAAGGAGCAUGAAGUAGCAGUUCAAGCCAUGAAACUCUUGAUGCUAAUGUCACAGAAUUGUGAAGAUGCAUUGUCAUCUGAAGACUAUGAAACCUUAUACCAGUUUGUUUACACCACACACCGACCAUUGGCCACAGCAGCUGGGGAAUUAUUUUAUAACAGAUUGCUUAUCCAGGAAAGCGAAAUGGACUCUUUUGCCAAUAGAAAUGGAAAAUGGGAGCCUGUUGCUAGCCAACUGAGGACACUAAUCAUUUUCUUCUUGGAAAGUGAGCUACAUAGUCAUGUCACGUAUCUUGUAGACAGCCUGUGGGAUUGGGCACUGAGUGUAUUGAAAGACUGGGAGUGCAUGACUGCUCUCUUACUGGAAAACACCAAUGAUCAUGAUGAAGCGCUGAGCAAGGCUGAAGAGAGCGCCCUUAUUGAGAUAAUCCUAGCAACGAUUCGAGAAGCUGCUGAAGGCCAUCCCCCUGCAGGCAGAGCAGGGACCAGGAAAGUUCUUUCUGCCAAAGAGAAAAAGAUACAAGUGGAAGAUUGUACUAAAAUUACAGAACAUUUCAUUGUAGUCCUUCCCCAGCUCUUGGCAAAGUAUUCAACUGAUGCAGAAAAAGUGACAAAUCUCUUGCAGAUCCCGCAGUAUUUUGAUUUGGAGCUGUACAGUACUGGACCCCUGGACAAGCACUUGGACACCUUGCUAAAAGAGGUAGAAGCCAUUGUUGCUAAACACUCCGACACAGAUGUCCUGGAGACUUGCUCCAGGGUGUACCAUGUUCUUGGCAGCGAAGGGCUGGCUAUCUGUAACAAAGUGGUUGCUGCUAAGACUGAACUGGUGGAUGAACUGGUGAACAAACUAAACCAGCUCUUGGUUAACUCUUGGAAUGAGGGAGAAGGACUUUGUGCAGAAGAAGAAGAGAUUCAUCAUAUUUGCUCCAUUCUGCAAAGAGUAGCUGUUUUUUACAAUGCCCAUGAUCUUUCUAAAUGGAAUCUCUAUGACAAGAUGAUUAAACUGCUUGUAUUUGAAUUGGAACAUGGCUCUUUACCUCUUCAGGUUGUUUUGCCCGCAUUACAAUGUGCUUAUUUUGCACUACUCUGGCAGCUCACUUCUGUGGUAGAGGACACACCUCCUAAGGAAAAUGUCUCAGAUUUGAAAACACGCUUGAAGCAUCUCUGCCAUAUUUGCACAUGCUAUCUCAGCCAUGACAACAGAGAGUUACGUGAAAAGGGUUUUGCAAUACUCUGUGAUUUACUUAUGAUUGUAAGUCAUCAAGAUUCAAGUGAUGAUGAAACUGUUGAGUCACUGGACUACCUUCCCAGUUCAUCUCUUCAGACAAAAAUGAUAAUAUUUAUUCAGGAUCACGUUUUCACAGAUGAGGAGGAAGAGACCAAAGACUUGACAGAAGAGGAGGACCGGAAAAAAGAAAGCCAGAAACUGGAUGCCUUACAUCUGAAGCGAUGUCUACUUGCUGCUUACUGCAAGUUAAUAAUUUAUAAUGUGGUUGAGAUGACCUCAGCUGCUGAAAUCUAUAAGCAUUAUAUGAAGACAUAUAAUGACUUUGGAGAUAUAAUUAAAGAAACCUUGAGCCGGUCAAGACACAAUGACAAAAUUCGGAGUGCAAAAACUGUGAUACUCUGCUUGCAACAGGUAUGCCCCCCCAGGGCUUUUGUAUCGCCUGGAAAGUUUUAUGUUAAUACCUGUGGUCUGCAGCUGUUUCAGAAGUAUGUUGAAAGUCAAGACGACAGCGCCAGCAGCAUCACCAGCAUGGAUGUCUUCUCUGUUUCCUUCGUCAACAUUAAAGAACUUGCACGGCGGUUUUCUUUGACUUUCGGCUGGGACCAGGUGAAAAGUCGAGAGUCAGUAGCCAUGAUACACAAAGAAGGUAUUGAAUUUGCUUUCCAAGGGGCAGCUACAACAGAAGAGAAAUCCCUGCCUCCCAACUUGAACUUCUUGGUCAUACUAAGUGAAUUCUCCAAUAAGCUUCUAAAGCCUGACAAAAGACUUGUAUAUAGUUAUUUGCAGAGAUAUAUACCAGAGCCAGCACUUUGUAAAGGCGAUUCCUGGUACUCACUGGGCUGGUACAGAACUUCUUUGCUGGCCAAUGAAGAGGAAGAGAAUUCUGUGGUCAGCAGUUUAAAUGAAUGGCCACCUCUUAACCUUACAAGUACACUUGCUUUAAAAAGAAAAAUUUCUGAAGGAUCAAGGGCCAAACCCAGCCACCCCGAAAAAGUAAAUAAAAAACCCUCCGAUUCUCACAGUCCAUCUCAGACCCCUUCUGGGGGAAGAAAGAGGUUAAAAUUUCUUGAAAGUGGUUACCCAGAAAAUAUACCAUCACUUGGUUCUGCAAAUCUGAGUAGAAGACACAGUACUCAGGCUGUGGUCAAAGAAGAUAAUUCUGUAGCUGAAGAUAUGGAUGUUGAUGUUACUGGGGCUGACCAGGAGACCUGAGGAUCCACUUGGACAUAUACUCUGACGCCAUGUGCAAGAGAAAACAGGUGCAAUGGACUAUACCUAGUUUCCUCAAGUUAGCUGAGAGCAUAACGUGGAAUGAAUGGUUGAAGUCACCACUUACAAGUGGUAAAAAUGAUCACAGUUGUGAUCAGCCAGUGUUGUUACAUGGCUUCUGUAUUUGCUGGUGUUAUGUACACAUGUAAAAAAAAUGAUUUUCAUGUUUGUUUUUGUUAAAGACUUUCUUUCCAAAGUGAAACACUAAGCUUUUUAGACAGGGAAAUGUACCAGAUAGUAUCUGAUUAGCCUGCUGUGGACAGUCAGGUCCAUAUAAAACAAAAGCUAUAUUGAAGAGCUGUAAAAAAGUAAACAGGCAUGGGUUUCAUCCCACAGGGAAGUAUUUUAGGGUAAGAGGAAAUAUUUGUGUUUGUGGGUAAAAAAAAAUAGAUACAAAUCAAAAUGGAUAAUUUCUACUUUUCAUUUAAUAUCUUUCCUUGUGUAUCAUGAUGUUGACAUUGGAAUAGAAGUCUGCUGAAUCCACUGUUCAUCACUGCAGAGCUUGUAAAACAGCUGUUGGUUUCAUACUUUUAUAUUCAGAUGUUUGUAAAAUAAAGUAAGUGAUAAGUGA